GUUCUAUACGACAAAGGACGUGACAUAUUUAUAUACCCAUACAACAUAUACCGAUUGUUUAACUUAUGGAGAUCAUGUUAAACGGGAAACACAACGAUAACAUAAUAUACACACCGAAUCCUCUUGAAACACCCGACCCAAGAGGUGUAGGAUACGAAUACUUUAAGGCUAUGGAGAGGUAUCGGGAAAGAAUUGCCCAGGUUGAUGGACAUACAAAUAAGGAAGAAACUUACGAAAGUUUCCUGAAACGCUGUGUUAGAACAGCAAUCACGAUGAAAAAUAGGGGAAUUAAACCUGGAGAUUUUGUAUCCAUGUGUACAGUGAACGAUAUGGAUGCGUGCGUAGUGUACAUUGCCGCGAUAUUUAUUGGUGCGAUAACGGCAAAUGUUGACACCUCAAUGUCAAGCAAAAAAAUUGUCUCCCUCCUAAAGCCAGUUUCACCGAAAAUGGUGUUCGCCACGAAGCAAUGCGAACAUUUAAUGCAGGAAGUUGUAUGUGAGUUUGGAGGGCAGAUACUACUGGUGGUGUUUGGCAAAACGGAGAAGCACAUCCCAUUUACGGAAUUUUUACAACGGUACGACAAUGAGAACGAUUUCAGGGUGUAUGAGGCUGUCAAUUUGGAGGAAACGGUUUUCGUUUCGUUCAGUAGCGGCACAACCAGCAGUCCUAAAGCUAUAUGCCACACUCAUUCCUCAAUGAGAGCCAGAUACAGAAGUAAAAACGACGAAUGUAAAACGUAUGCAGUAUUUUAUUCACCAUGUCGGGCUUUAUUCAAAAGAUCGGUGCACGAAACCAUACUGAACGGCUUCAGGAGGAUCCUUUUCCAUAAAAUCAGUCACGGAGAGCCUUGGAAAGUUUUGAAUUAUAAAGUAGACUACAUGCUGCUUUCGCCGGUGACUAGUGAGGUGUUUUUGAAGUACAGGAAACCGCCGCAUUUCGAUUUAGGAAAUUUAAGGUUGUUGCUGAUUGGUGGUAACUACGCAUCUAAAGAAUUUUUACUAAAGCUUAAGAAUAUGUUCCCUAAAACAAUUGUACGUCCGAGUUAUGGCCAGAGUGAAAUAUUUAGUACCGUUGCCGCUUUUCCAGAAGAUCACCGUACAGACACUCUUGUGAGAGAUUUUCCCACUUCAAUUGGUUUACCUAGAGAGGGGUUUUCUUAUAAAGUGGUGGAUGCGGAAACCGAAGAAAUUUUAGGACCAAACCGUCAAGGUGAACUCAGAUUGAAAACUAAAUACCUGAUGAAGGGUUACCUAAAUUACGAAUCACCCGACCUCUUUGAUUCUGACGGUUGGUACAGAACUGGCGAUUUAGCUUACUACAAUGAGCACAGAUGUUUCUUCAUUACUGGGAGAUUAAAAGAUACAUUCAAGUACGGCAACAAUCACGUUUAUCCCAGAGAAAUAGAAGAAGUUCUUUUAAGCCAUCGCUCCAUUCAAAAUGCGGCAGUUCUUGGUGUGGAACACGAAGUAGUCGGAUUCCAUCCAAUAGCUGUGGUUAAGUUGAACGAUGGGGAAGAAUGUGUAACACCAGAAGAGAUCAUCGAGUACGUAGAUCAAAGGGUUGAGGAUAAGAAUCGCUUGAGAGGGGGUGUGAAAUUCGUCAAAGAAUUUCCAUGGACACCUACACAUAAAAUACAGAAGUCCAAAUUGAGAGAAUGGAUUGCAAAAGGGAUCAUUUAGGUCUUGUUUUAUUUGUAUCAAGAAAAAUUGUGUAACUAAUAAAUAUAGGAUA